UAAACUAAAUUAGUCAAAAUUGCUAGCCUGCUGCUUAAAUAGAAGCUAAACUCUUAAUUAGCAUAAAAAACAGUAAAUAACAAAGUAGCCAAAAAUUUUAGGAUGUUGCUAAAAUAAAGCUCAUCUCCAAAAUUUUUGAAAAGUACUACAAAAAAAGACAAGUUGGAGACGCCCAAAACGUCAAAAAUUGAGGCGGAGGGGUCCUUAACCAAACGUCAGUAUGUGACGACUUGGGACUGAGAAUGUGUUGAUGCCGGGGCUACUAUUAAAAGAUAUACGGUAAAUGUUUUUUUUUUUUUUUUUUUUGAUUGCUGAAUUUCUUCUUCUUCUCUCUUUAUGGUCUAACUGUUCAGCAAUACUUUUGGGAUGUACUGCCCCCUAAUGAGCGACUGUUGUAACUGCAUGUUACGAGAUUCAAACAGAACUAAACUGAUUAUUUUAAGUGUUUUUUUACAUAUAUGUUUUAAAAGAUAAAUUAAUAAAUAGCAUUCUACUAAUUUAUUCACAGCCCACGCACGGAUCAUAACCAGGCUGCCUCAGUCCCUCGUGAGCUCUAACAGAAGGGAUUCAUCCACUGCCGAUGGAAGGAUCAAACUGAUCGUGCUGUAAGCCGCUCGUAAAUUAUCAGUGGCGUUGUUGAGUUUGUUUGCUCUCGCGCGCCGCCGGUCGAAGACGCCCGGGUGGUGCUUCUCCUCUCCCCUCUCCUGAUCUCACCGCUCCCCAGGGUGUGUCUAUGGAUAAGCGCCUCUCCUCUCCCGUGAGUGAGUGCUGCUGCUGCCUCCUCCUCCUCCUCCUCCUCUCUCUCCUCCUCCUCCCUCUCUGCCUCCUAUCUGCAUCUGCUGCAGAACAACACGCUCCUUCUCGUCUUUCAUCUUCCUGUUUCUCACUCCGGAAUCUCUCUAUUUUUGUCCGAUAAGUGAGUCAGCUCCUCCACCUACACCCGCGGAGUUAAAGGUGCGGUGGUGGGGGGGACAUGUGGCACCUCCCGCUCAUCACUUUGAGGAUGGAGAUGGAGUGGAGGAGAGCGCCGGAUGGGAUAGGAGCCCUGGAACCCGCAUCAGUCACAGCGGACUGAGCCUGCAUCCCUCCCUCCUCAGUCUGCAUCCUCCAAGAACAGCCGCCGCAUCAUUUUUUUUUCUUUUUUUCCACAGCAGCUGCCCCCUCCUCGCUUCUUUCCGUCUCCCUUCCUGCUGCACCACUGUGGGAAUGCAGAGAAGGUAGUCCGAACCUUUCUUUCACGGAGGGGUUCUCUUUUUUUUGCCUUCUGCUUUUUUUUUUCUCGAGCAGAUCUCUCCAUCACAGACAGCAGUGACUUGCUGCAGUCUGGACGCCUGUCACUACAGGAAAUCUAUGGGCUGGCUGCGCGCAAACUGGACCUGGAUGGGUUGGAUUUAGCCCGCUUUUCUCAGGGCAGCAACAACAUCAAAACCACAGAGCUUCAGCUUCCACCAGCUCCGAUUGGACUAAACCAGCAAGCAAGGGAGACCAGACUUGUGGCUGUUUCUGCUUGGACCUAAAGUUGAAGCUGCUCUUGAAAUAUUAUUAUUAUUACUAUUAAGAAUGGUCUUAGAGAGUGGGGGCUACGCAGGGACAUGCGGUCGAUAAUCCAUGAAUUGAUGCUGGAGAGGGGUGCUGCCCUUGCCUGGGUUGUUGGUUUGAUCGCUCUCAGAUGGAUUUACAGCUCCAGUCUAAAGCCAACCGCCAAACGGAUCAAUACCCCCCUCCGUUCUUUUUGCAACGCCUUUUUAACACGGGAGUGAAGCAUUCUGGGAUUUAUCAUCACUUUGUUAGAGUCUAACAACUGUAAGCCCUCAUUACCAACCCCCCACCACUGGGGUUUGGAUCACCUGUCCACAACUGUGUGUUUUCCGUGUGCAUGUCUGUCUGUCUGUGUGUGUGUGUGUUUGGUGUGUUGUCCGCCAGAGGGAGUGAAUAUUGUGUUGCAUGUGAAAGCAUCUGAGUGCAGUGCCAGCUUUUAAUUAGAACGUGACUGCGCGGGUGCUGCGUCUGCUUGCUUGUGGCUGCUUGUGAGUUUGUGUUCUACAUCUGUGCAUGCAGGUACAUACAGGCUCAGCAUUGUCAAGAGUUUUCCUGAAGAUGCGCAGCGUUUCCUGCGCACCGCAUCGCCUUCCUCUCACAUGUCCCCGGCUCGUCUGGCCACCUGUUUGACCUCUCAAGCCCCCUAAGAGACAGAAAAAAAAGCUCUGGCAGGAUGAGUGAUCACUCGGGUGCAAACACUCUGGCAGCCAUGACGCUGGAGGAGCCAGGGGCUGAUCAAGCGUCUCCUCGAGCCCCGGGGCCUCUCCGCUGUGGCCCUUGUGCCGUCUGGCCUCGCCAGCAGACCUGGCUGUGUGCUGUGCCACUGGUCAUGGGUUUUGUGGGACUGGGACUCAGUCUUAUGUUGCUGAAAUGGAUUGUGGUGGGCUCAGUCCAAGACUAUGUUCCCACCGAUUUGGUGGACCCUAAAGGUAGCAUCGGUCAGGACCCUAUUUUCCUUUCCAAACCCAGCGCAAUGCCUAAGGGACCGGACAUUUCUACCGGUACCAGCACUUUGGCUGGCUCCACAACCCCAGUACUAUCGACCACCACAUCAUUGGCGGCAGAUGGUACUGCCCCAGCGCCAAGAACUCGAUCAGGGCCACCAGCGAACCACUCUGCCAACGGCAGCACGGCCAACGGAGAUGGCAAUCGCGCCCCACACCUGCACAACCGCGUUGGCACCCGUGUGGGCGGGACUGCGGUCACCACAUCCGCGACCCGCACCACCCGGCUCACGCCGCCACAUAGCGGCAAAGAGGUCACCCCACGCAGCACCGUCCGGAAAGGAAGCAGCUCCAGUAAUGGGCGGAACGGAGCGGCCAAUUCAAAGCCGGGACAGUCUUCUCCAACCACCACGGCCUCCACCACGACCACGAAGAGUACCCCCAAGGUGCAGCUCACCACCUCCCAGCCGGUACCCCCAAUGAAGCCUACGUCACGCUGGAAUCACGGGCGCCCUGGAAAGGGCCCAGUCACACGCCCACACCACCGCUUCAGAACACCGUUGGCCCCUACACUCCCAAGCGUCCGCUCGGAGGUCUUCAAGCCAUGUGUGGAGGAUAAGGACCUGGCCUUCUGCCUGAACGAAGGCGAAUGUUCCAUCAUUGAAACGGUGGCCGGGGUCCACAGACACUGCAGGUGUAAGGAGGGCUACCACGGCCUACGAUGUGACCAAUUUGUCCCCAAAACUGACGCUAUCUUGUCCGAUCCAGCAGAUGAACUUGGGAUCGAGUUCAUGGAGAGCGGCGACACCUACCAGAGGCAGGUGCUAUCCAUCUUCAGCAUCGCCUCGGGGAUCUGUCUUCUUGGAGUGGCGUGCAUGGCUCUCUACCGCCGCAACAAGAGACACCGCGAAAAGCUCCAGGCUCAUUUCUCCAGCAGCCGCAGUCUGAGAGACUGCAGUGUCAACGCCUCCGGCCUCAUGUCCAAAUCCACUCCGAGGUUUCAGUACAGCCUUCAUCUACAAAACGGCUGCAGUCCUCAUGGAUCAUCUGUUAAGGUCGGCAAUGUGACACCAGGCACUUCAGCGGCAACCCCGCCGAUUCUCAGCAAAGCGCUCUCUAAAGGGAAACGCUUCAGGAGUAGCUCCCUCUCGCUCAGUCCAGCUCUGCAGCGGAAAGAGGCCAGCCACUUCAGGACGCCGCCAAUUUCCAGAGGGAAACACAAAGUACCAACAAAUCUCCUGGAGGGAUCCAGAGGGAGCGGCCAUGUCUACAAACACUUGCAGGAGGAUGAAUCCACGGACGUGGAGUCCGUCAGAAGGUGCAACUCCGCCGGUGGACGGGUGGGCAUGCUCCUCAGCAGGACCUCCCUGUCUCACUUUACUGCCAGGAAAGGAUGGACCGAGGUCCCCUGCACUCGCCUGGAUAAGGACACGAGUUUCCUUCCUCCUUCCUUGCGCACGCGCUCUGUGCCCAUCAUCCCAUCCCUCCAAGCGUGCGACCCAGACGAAGGGCGGCAGAAGAUGAGUGACUGGAACCAGGCAGGGCUCAUCAAGUGGCCCCCUGCUCUGGCUGGGAAGCUGGGGCUUCCCAUUAGCAGUUUUCCCUCCCAGCCGGAGUCUGUGUCGGCGUCCACUGGCGCUAGCCCCCCUGCGACCGCCUAUGCCCCAAUGGGACCGGAGGAGAACCUCAGCACCGCUGAAUCCACACAGAUAUCCGAGCAAAAAAGCCUCUCCUGCACCAAGAAAGCGAACGGAUCUCAAAGCGUGAUCCCUCACAGCGUCCCAGAGGCUGAGUCGGGGGGAAACGGUGUCCGAAAUCCAGCCAGAGUCCCACACACAAGCAGUGGGAGCAGAGGUUUGAAGGCGGCAGGCCAAAGAGAAAUCCAGGGACAGAGCCAAGGUCAGACACCCCCCUCGUAUGGAGGCGCAAACUGCUUCCUGGCCAAAGGACCCAGCUGCAGAGGAACUGGAAACCCUCCUGCAAGCUGAUUGGAUUAACUCUGUAAAGCUACAAAGACACCUUUUCCAAAUGACUGUGCACCUUUGCUGGUGGCUCAGGAUUGUUAGCAGGUGGGCCCAUCUGUGUGACCACAUGGACCAAAAACAAAAAACAAAAACAAAAAAAAAACAGAUGGAGAUCGAUUUUUGAAGGAAACUGAACAGAUUGAACUGCCAGAAAAAAGAAAAAAAAUACAAAUGAAAAAAACUUGACACAAAAAGACAUCAAACCACCCAGAAAAAAAGAGACAAACAAACACACGUUGUGAAUAAAUGUGACUCAAUAAGGAAAACAAAAGCGUCACUUGAGUGGGAGCUUGACUUGACAGUUUAUUGAAAAAAAUGCCACUAUUUAAAAGGAGCUUCUACUUAGAAACCAAAAUAGUGUGUCAUCUCUAUGUUGUUUCUCUAUUGUAAAGAAAUGAAAUUAUAUAUGUCAUAUAAUAUAUGUCUCACAGACGUAUAUAUAUUUGACAUAAAAUUGUGACAAAAUAAAGACUAAGAUAACAGUGUUA